ACCAUGGUGGCAGUGCAGACGCCUUGACACAACCUCAGUGCCUACGGAAACUCUGGACGAUCUAGACCCGUCAUGAAGAAAUGCAUCUGCGAAAUCUGCGUGUGUGGCCGACAUCGCUGUCCACAUCGACCUCAAGCAUGGACACAGCGCUCAUCAAACUUGGGGCAGUGUGUUCUGUCUGAGUACAAGCAAACUUAUAAACAGUUUGAUAUUCGUCCUCGUCAGUCUUUCAAACCGAAGGAGAAACCGCUAGCUUCUACUGGCAAAUUGGAAACAAAGACAACCAAUCGGUGUGACUACGUCGCUCAUCGCCCUGUGCCACGCUUGUCGUUUGGCCACGUGGGAGAGUAUGUGAAAUCAAGUGACCUUAUGGAAGGUGAAACAGAAUACAUGAGAGAGUAUCCGGAGAAAAUUGUUUCUCCACCGUCUCCAGUUCGCAAACGGGAGGUGUCCAAACCGGCACAAAAAGACAUCUCACCUUUCCAGGGAGCCACUACACACAGAGAGGACUACAGAGCAUGGGCACUGCAGACUGUGGCAAGAGACAACUUCAAACAGUUCCGUGCUUACACUCCACCAAAGGAAAAGUUUGAAGCACAAUCAACAUUUCAACAUGAUUUCAAGGCGGAUAGUUCGUUUUCACCACGUGAGAUGAUGAAACCCAUUCAUGCAGUCAUCAUGUCAAGUGCUCCUUUUGAUGACACAACAACCAAUCGGGUUGAUUACAAAGCACCAGCAAUGGGGCCUCGUGUUCUAGUAAAGAGAACCCAACCGUAUAUUGGGACGAGAGAAAAAUUUAAUGCCAUCACAACCAAUAGGAAAGACUUUGUUUCUCACACUGGAAUUGAGCGUCCCAAGUGUGCAAAGCCUGCACUAGAAAUUGUGAAGUCAAGUGAACCAUUCACCAGUAACACAACACAUAAUAUGAGCUACAUUCCAUGGCAACUUCAGCCACGAUUUGAGUAUCCUCGUCAAGAAUAUUACCCAUCACCUGAAAAGUUUGACCACAUCUCAACUAAUCAAUCAGACUAUCGAGAUUUUGGACAAGUGGAGAGGGCAGUACCACGAACAAGGGAACCACCUUCUCAUGAACCGCCUCCAUUUUCAGGGGUGACAACUCAGCGCCUUGACUACCAACCUUGGGCAGUCCAACUGAGAGAUAGAUUGGUAAAACAGGAGAAUGCGUAUAAGCCACUACAGGGUCCAUUUGAAGGACAGUCGACAUUCCAAGCACACUUCCAGGCAAAGUACGCACCACCUGCUGUAUCAGCAAAGCCACGUGAAACAAGAAUCGAAAGCUCAAGUCAGUUUGAUGGUAGCACAAUCUACCGAAAUACAUACACUUACAAAGAAACGAGCCCUUGCCCUGCUUCUCUGCUACGGGACAGUUGUACUCCACCAGUGAAAGAUCGGUAUGUCUUCUCACAUCAGACUGGAACAGGUCACAAGUUCUAUGAGCCCCCGACUGACAAGAAACAGCGUUUGAGUAAGAGCAUGCCUGAAAUGACCAGGCAUGCAUAUAGUUAGGCUACGGUAGCUGUCUAUGUAGGAUAAUAUUGGACUGCAUUGUACUAUACAUAGAUGUGAAUAGUUGGUCAGACUGUGAAGAACAAAUUAGAGUAAGUUAAGGACUAAUAGUGGUUGAGAUAGACUAACUAGUACAUCUCUGACAUAUUCCUAAGAUCAACUACACCAAACAAAUCUUGAAUAUCAAACUGAA